GCCUGAGCAUCUUCGGUGUGACUGGAUGAAGUUUGGAGAGGCGGGAUGGCAGGAUGUCCGAAAGCCGACUGGGCAAUCCCUAAGUGGGCGAGUCCAGAGGUGUCAGAUGUGCAAUCUUACUGGCUUCGCUGGCUGGGAGGUGGAGCAAGGCCUGUGGUGCGGAAGAAAAUCCGGGAGGUGGCUGGAGAACCAGAACUGUACAGGAGCUGCCCCGGGCCACAGGAUGGAGGAAAGUGAGGAUCCAGGAACCCUGAUUAAAGUGGUCCACUUGCUGGUCUUGUCUGGUGCCUGGGGCAUGCAGAUGUGGGUGACCUUUGCCUCAGGCUUCCUGCUCUUCCGGAGCCUUCCUCGGCAUACCUUCGGCCUAGUGCAGAGCAAGCUCUUCCCUGUCUACUUCCAAAUCUCCUUGGGCUGUGCCCUCAUCAACCUCUGCAUCUUGGCUCCGCAGCGAGCCUGGAUCCACCUCUCACUCUGGGAGGCCAGUCAGCUUGCUCUGCUGUUCUUGAGCCUCGCACUGUCCACCAUCAACGCACAUUGGCUAGAGGCCCGUACCACGGCUGUCAUGUGGGCUCUGCAGACUGUGGAGAAAGAUCAAGGCCUGGGGACAGAGGUGCCAGGCAGCCACCAGGGCCCUGACCCCUACCGCCAGCUGCGGGAGAAGGACCCCAAGUACAAUGCUCUCCGCCAGAAAUUCUUCUACUACCAUGGCCUGUCUUCUCUCUGCAACCUGGGCUGCCUGCUGAGCAAUGGGCUCUGCCUUGCUGGCCUUGCUUUGGGGCUCCAGAGCCUCUAAUGUGGGCCCUGUGUCCCAAUAAAUGCUUCUUUGGGGAU